AUGGAGGAUCGAGAAAAGGUACAAGAUUUUUCUUCUCGUGUUUCCACUAUUGUCAAUCAAAUAAAAAGCAGCGGAGAUGAAAUCAAAGAUAAAAAGGUUGUUGAAAAGGUUCUUCGAAGCCUUCCUCAAAAGUUCGAUCAUGUUGCUGCUGCGAUUGAAGAAUCAAAAGACUUGUCCAAGAUGACAAUAUAUGAGUUGACUGGAUCUCUUCUCGCACAUGAGCAAAGAAUUAAUCGCUCUUAUACUCCAUCAACUGAUCAAGCCUUCAAAUCCAAGCAAGAGAAGAAAGAAGAUGAUGCAAAAUUUGUGAAAGAAGAUUAUGACGUUAUGUUUGUUUCUCUAAAUGGUGAAGAAAAGUCAAAAAGUCGAUGA